GCCAUUUCUCCAUUGAUUGCGUCUACUCCUGGCAGUGAGAUCUGCGCUGUGGCUUCUCACCAUGACCUCCGCCUGAGGCUUCCAGUCCCGGCCGCGACCAGCACGGAGAUGGUGCCCGGAGAGGACAGUCCGCUGGUACCCAGAGAGGGGAUGUUUUGGACCUGCCGACAGAGUAUCUUCAAUGAGAUGAAGAAGAAGUUCUCUCAGAUUGAAAAUGCUGCCGAUGAGCCGAGGGUGCUGUGCAUAGUACAAGACACCACCAGCUGCAAAACCGCCAACGGGCGCCUCACCCUCAACCUCCCGGCCUCCACCUCUGUGCGCCAGCUGUUUGAGGAUGUGGCCGGCAAAGUGGGCUACGUCAGCGGGACAUUCGGCCUGAAGUGGGCCAAUGGAGACAUGAGCGAGCUGGACGCCUCCCAGGACCAGUCGUUACUAGAUGCUGGAUUUGAGGCAGGAAAGAAGAAUUUCCUUCACUUAACUGAUAAGAACGGGGAGCAGCCUCAGCUGACAUCAGAUGAGUCUGGGACGGCAGACAGCAGCGGCCUGGAUGACAGCACCCAAGAAAAGUUCAUUGGGCCCCUCCCCAGGGAUGGCUCUGUGGGCUGCAGCAAUGAUUAUGUCAGUCAGAACUACUCCUAUUCAUCACUGCUCACCAAGUCCGACACCGGUUAUGUGGGCUUAGUGAAUCAGGCCAUGACCUGCUACUUGAACAGUCUUCUCCAGACGCUGUUUAUGACGCCAGAGUUUCGCAAUGCUCUGUACAGGUGGGCAUUUGAGGAGUCAGAAGAAGACCCGGUCAACAGCAUCCCGUACCAGCUGCAGAGAUUAUUUGUCUUACUGCAGACCAGUAAGAAGAGGGCGAUCGAGACGACGGAUGUGACUAAGAGCUUCGGCUGGGACAGCAGUGAAGCCUGGCAGCAGCACGAUGUACAGGAGCUGUGCAGGGUCAUGUUUGAUGCACUGGAACAGAAGUGGAAGCAGACGGAGCAGGCUGACCUCAUCAAUCAGCUCUAUCAGGGCAAGCUGAAGGACUACGUCCGGUGCCUGGAGUGCGGCUACGAGAGCUGGCGGAUCGACACCUUUCUGGAUAUCCCACUUGUCAUCAGGCCCUAUGGCUCCAGCACAGCGUUUGGCAGUGUGGAAGAAGCGUUGCAUGCCUUCAUUCAGCCCGAGACACUGGAUGGUCCUAACCAAUACUUCUGCGAGCGCUGCAAGAAGAAAUGUGAUGCCAGGAAGGGCCUGCGAUUUCUGCACUUUCCUUACCUCCUGACUCUGCAGUUGAAGAGAUUCGACUUUGACUACACCAGCAUGCAUCGUAUCAAGCUGAACGACCGCAUGACCUUCCCCGAAGAGCUGGACAUGAGUCCUUUUAUCGACGUUGAAGAUGAGAAGUCCCCUCAGACAGAGAGCUGCACGGACAGCGGGGCAGAGAACGAGGGGAGCUGUCACAGCGACCAGAUGAGCAAUGAUUUCUGCACAGAUGACGCCCUGGAUGAAGGAAUUUGUCUCGAAAGCACCAACAGCGUUGACAAGCCAAACAAAUCUCUAGAAAAGAAUUCUUUGUAUGAACUGUUUUCUGUGAUGGUCCAUUCGGGCAGCGCUGCUGGCGGGCAUUACUAUGCCUGCAUCAAGUCAUUCACUGACGACCAGUGGUACAGCUUCAAUGAUCAGCAUGUCAGCCGGAUAACUGCAGAAGAUAUUAAGAAAACCUACGGGGGAUCUACAGGAAAUCGCGGUUACUACUCCAGUGCCUUCGCUAGUUCCACUAAUGCAUAUAUGCUGAUGUACCGACUGAAGAACCAAGCCAGAAAUGCAAAGUUUUUGGAGGCCUCAGAAUUUCCAGAGCACAUAAAACAUCUGGUGCAGAAAGAGAAGGAGCAGGAGGAGGAGGAGAAGCGGCAGCGGGAGAUUGAGCGCAACACGUGUAAACUGAAGCUCUUCUGCAUGCACCCGGUCAAGCAAAUCCUGAUGGAGAAUAAGCUGGAAGUUCACAAGGACAAGACCAUGAAGGAAGCCGUGGAGAUGGCCUACAAGAUGAUGGACCUGGAGGGCGUAGUUCCCCUGGACUGCUGCCGCUUGGUGAAAUACGACGAGUUUCACGAUUACUUGGAGCGCUCUUACGAGGAUGAGGAGGAUCGGUCGAUGGGGUUCCUGCUCGGUGGCGUCAAGUCCUCCUACAUGUUUGAUCUCCUGUUGGAAACCAAGCGACCGGACCAAGUGUUCCAGUUGUAUAAACCCGGAGAGGUGAUGGUGAAGGUGUAUGUGGUGGACCUGAAGACGGAAACCAUCGCUCCCCCCGUCAGUGUCCGCGCCUAUCUCAGUCAGACCAUCCAGGAGUUUAAGCAUCUUAUCUCUAAGAGCAUAGACUUGCCUCCCGAUCACAUGCGGAUCGUUCUGGAGCGCUGUUACAAUGACCUGCGUCUCCUCAGUGUGCCCAACAAAACGCUGAAGGCCGAAGGGUUCUUCCGAAGCAAUAAGGUGUUUGUAGAAAGCUCGGACUCCACCGACCACCAGCUGCCGUUUCCAGACUCUCAUCUGUGGAAGCUCCUGGACCGUCACGCCAACACCAUCAGACUGUAUGUUUCGUUACCUGAGCAUGCACCGGGCCCCCAGGUAAGCCGCCCCACCGGUCCAAGGCCAUGCGGAGAGUCGGUGCGACAGGAGGAGUUUUGUGAGCACGUGAAAGGCAGCAGCAAGUCUGUGGAAGCCAUUUUGGAGGAGAGUACUGAAAAACUGAAAUCCCUCUCUCUCCAGCGGCAGGAAGAGAGCGGGAAUGGGGACAGCAGCAAGAGCCCGGAGGGCAGCGACUUUGACAACAUUGACUCUCCACUAAACGAUGCGGAUUCCUCGGGGUCGGCCGACAACAGAGAACUCGAGAACCGGAUUCUCCCAACUGACCCCGAAAACAACUUCUUGCCAGAAGAGCGGUCGGACUCUGAUAUCAAUAAUGACCGGAGCACCAGCUCAGUGGACAGCGACAUCCUUAGCUCAAGCCAUAGCAGCGACACUCUGUGCAAUGCGGACAAUGCCCCCAUCCCCCUGGCCAACGGCCUCGACUCCCACAGCAUCACCAGCAGCCGGAGGUCCAAAGCCAGUGAAGGAAAGAAGGAGACGUGGGACACGGCCGAGGAGGACUCGGGCACCGACAGCGAAUACGACGAGAGUGGGAAGAGCCGGGGGGAGGCCCAGUACAUGUAUUUCAAGGCAGAGAGGCGGACGGGGGCGGCAGCGCCCGGGGAGGGACAAAAAUGUUUAUUGGUGAAUGUAGAUAAAAGAAUCACCCUCUCUGCUUUCAAACAGCAGCUGGAGCCCUUUGUGGGGGUCCCGUCCUCCCAGUUUAAAGUCUUCCGUGUUUAUGCCAGCAACCAGGAGUUUGAAAGCGUCCGUCUGAACGAGACCCUCUCCUCCUUUUCUGACGACAACAAGAUCACCAUCCGGCUCGGCCGGGCCCUGAAGAAAGGAGAAUACAGAGUGAAGGUAUUCCAGCUCCUGGUGAACGAGGCCGAGCCGUGCAAGUUCCUGCUGGACGCCGUGUUCGCUAAAGGGAUGAGCGUGCGGCAGUCCAAGGAGGAGCUGAUCCCUCAGCUCAGGGAUCAGUGUGGCCUGGAGCUCUCUGUAGACAGAUUCCGUUUACGGAAGAAAACCUGGAAGAACCCGGGCACAGUAUUCCUGGAUUACCACGUGUAUGAGAAUGAGAUUAGUAUUUCAAGCAACUGGGAAGUCUUCCUGGAAGUGCUGGAAGAGGAUGAGAAGAUGAAGUCCAUGUCUCAGCUGUCUCUGCUCGCCAGGAGGUGGCGGCCGUCACAGCUCGGGCUGGAUCCCUUCCAGGAGAUCGUGCUGGAGACCAACAGCGUGCUGGAGCUGAAGGAGAAGAUCUGCGAGCUCAGUGACAUAACGCUGGAGAAUUUAGAAUUUUCAAAGGGCAGAGGGACGUUUCCCUGCGACAUAUCCGUUCUGGAGAUCCAUCAGGAACUAGACUGGAACCCGAAAGUAUCGACACUGAAUGCCUGGCCCUUGUACAUCUCCGAUGAUGGCGCUGUGAUAUUUUACAGGGAUAAAACUGAGGAACUGGUGGAAUUAACGGACGAGCAGAGGAACGAGCUGAUGAAGAAGGAAAGCAGCCGGCUGCAAAAGACUGGACACCGCGUGACUUACUCCCCCCGCAAAGAGAAGGCGCUGAAGAUCUACCUGGACGGCGCCUCCAACAAAGACGCCGCUCAAGACUGAAGUGCGACGCGCCUGGCCAUCUUGGCGAGCCAUGCUGCUUGUUUUCCCAGACAGGUUCACUGCCGCUGGAGUCGCGCCUUUUGCGGGGGGGAGAGCGUGAAGCUAUGACACCAGCACUGAUUGGUCGACUGUCUCGGCCAAUCAGCAGCCUCGUAACCUUCUAGGUUCCUUGUUUGUGACUUCUAAUCAUGUUCUGCACUAUGGUCGAUGAAACUGUAAAGGGACGUGCAAAUAAGAAAGGAGAUAUAUUUAAAGAUAUAUUAAGUUAAAGCAGCCCGGGUGCAGUGGAGGAUGGGGCGUCACCCCGCUCAGGUAAGACGUCGUGCGUGGCGACAGCCCGGGGCAGCUUCAGGCUCUUAUUGAGGGGGGGAAACGAAAUAAAGCCUGGACGCUUUUAUUUUGCUGAUACACACAUUACCUCAUUGAGAGUGCGAGUCUGUAUGUGAGCGGCGAGAGCGCGGCCGGUACAAUCCCACUAGCCUGAUACUGCUGUAUACACGGGGUGAGCGGGGGAAGGGUGCCGCGCCUGGACUGAUGGGGUAUAGAGCGUGAGGCUGCUCGCUAGCAAUAGAGCAAGAUACUGCAGCAGAACUACAUGUCCCAGGAGGUAAGUGGCUUCUCUGGCAAUGAUCGGCACAGAACCUUAUCUCCAGCUGUUGCAAAACUACAACCACCAGCAUGCCCUAAAAAGUCUGCGGCUGUCAAAGCAUGCUGGGAGUUGUAGUUCUGCAACAGCUGGGAAGUCGGAUUAGAGAUCUCUUAUGAGACAUUAGCUAUUCGCUGUCACUGCAGCAUUAAAGGGGCGGUCCAGGGGUAGCAGAACAUGGGUCGCACCUGUUCGCGGCUGUAUCUGGCAUCGCACCUCUGCUCCGUGACAGGGGGCUGAGCUCCAAUACCGGACACAACCUGACAACAGGCGCCACGUUCAGAAGACGGCAGCCAUGUUUUUCGGUUCCUUGGUUUCCUGCAUUCAGAUUUCACCUUUCAUUUUCCAAAGAAGUUCUGAAAAGUUAAAUCUGAUUGUUUGCAAUGGGCAACUAAAUCCGUUUUCCUUUACCGCGCUCCUCCAUGUUUUAGUUUCUCAUCAUUUUUAACCUCCAUGCUUGCUGUCAGUGAAUGGGAACAUGUGGCUGAACCUGUCCUUAUCUGGUCCUGCUUACAGAGGUGCACGUCUCGUCACAAUGAGUCCUAGUCUCUUCUCUAAGGGCUCAUCUACACGGCCGUGUAUAUUUUGCAGUCCGCAAAAAUUACGGACGACGUCCGCGUGCAUUCCGUAUCUUGCGGAAUAGAACAGCUGGCCCCAUGUACUAUUUUAUUGCGCAACAGAAAUUGAAUGCACGCGGAGUAACUUCCGUUUUGUUUGCUGACCAAUUGAAAUUAAUGGUUCCACAUACGGGCCACAAAGAAAACACGUUCGUGUGCAUGAGCCCUAAGGGCAAGGCCACAGUUGGUGGUCGUUGGCAGCCAAAAACUGCACCAAUGUGAUUUUAUUUUAUUUUUUUCCGCAGGCAGCAGUUUUAUUAGUCAUGCUGCCAUUAAAGGGGUAUUCCCAUCACAACGAGCAAAGGGUCCCCUGGUAAUGAGGUUCUGUGAAUAUAUUGGAUAAGCAAAUUCCCAACCUUCUUGAUCCAAUUCUUUCCCUCCUGCCUCGUUGUUGUCCUUUGGUUUCCCAUAGUUACAGCCACCGCUCGCCUGCCAAUACCAUGGGCCGCGCUUGCGCAGGUGAAGCGGUUCAUCCACAGUGCUAGUGGGGGAGGGAAGACAGAUGCUUAUGGGCUAAUGUGUAAUAGUAAAUUACUGUUUUGCUGCACAGAAUGGGGUUGUGAAAGAUAAGACCGGUUCUGUGUGUAAAACUGUAUUAGACUGCAGGACAGUGACAUGUUACUGUCUAUCGUGGCUCUGAGUGGUGAUUCUACAGCAGGGGGAGGGGCCUCACAGACACUGCUGGCUGCCAGACUGAUGACUCAUACUAUCCACAUGAAGUGUGAUGUCAUAAGGAGGCGUGGCCAGCCUUCACUCAAUCUGCCUAAGCCCACCCAGCCUUAGCAGCAGGAAACCAGGAAGUGACCGGCAGAGGCGGCUGCAGGGGAGGAGGAAAUGGCAAGAUGGGAAUACCCCUUUAACUAUUUAAAGACUGUGAUUUGCCGUACACACUCAUGUCGGCGCACGUUUUGACCGCACUUUGGCUGUCCGUAGCCCAGUAAACCCUAAACAGCAGCUGUGUGAGCAGGACUGGGUCAAGACAGGUUAUUGGGGUGUAGACAGUGAAGAUUUCUAUUCACUGACACAUUGCAGAGGUAGAGCACACAAUAACGUUAUUUUGGACAGCCCCUUUAACGUGAGUCUCCUCAAUAGUGGGAGCCCUCGUCUGCCUGAUAGGGUGGGCAGCAUGCACACAUUAUGUAGCCUUGUGGGCCUGCUGGGACUGCUAGUUCUGCAGCGGCUGGAGAUGCGCUGGUUGCCUCGCUUUCCAAUAGAGUUAUCUUCUACUGUGUUUCCUUCAGAGUGUAAAUAGAGAUAUUUCCCCCCUUGUCCCCGAUCCAGCAGUGGCCCCUGGACCCCCACAGAUCUACACUGUGUACAUGGACAGUUCAGC